CCUAGGGACGAUUUUCGGAUGCACCGAGUAUCGUCGAGCGAAGGACGACGUAGCGGGAUGCUAGGCCACCCCGAAUCGUCGUUGAAGACGAAGAACUCACCGCUGCGUUGCCUCUAAAAAAAAAGUGGCCAUGGUGAUGCACGGACGGUGGUACGGAUAAGGGCGCAAAUAGCCCGUCGACCGCGGUUUCCUGUGCCGUGUGUAUGUGCGUGUGUGUGUGUGGAUGUGGAAUCGGUGACAUUUUGGAAAACACUGGCGCCCUGAAUGCCGAGAGGAGAUACUCGAAAAACGUCGGAGCUGGGAGGCUUCGCGAACGAGUAAUGCAGCGCGCCAAAGCUGACCCGUGGACCGUAAGCAUAACGUGGAGGCCAGGAAUCCGGGGUCACCAUUGACGGCGCGGCGACUUGCGCGGUCCCCUUGACAUGGAGUGCCCCCCGCGGGGCCUCCGGAGGGGCCGUCUCGUUCUAGGGGGCCGACCGCCGACGCUAGACCUCAUAGAGAACCCGCUGUACGAGGCCGAAGGACAGUCUCCCGUACCCGCACCGCGUACACUUCCACCGGCGCGGACACAGCAGCAGCAGCAGCAACAACAGCAACAGCCAAAGAAGACUCAUCAACCAGCAGCCAUGCAUCAUACCUACCCGCCAACAUCGCAGCAGUCGUACGGCGGCCCGCGGGGGUCGUCUGCACAGUCUUCACUGUCGUCUGCAGUGGUACCGACGGCCGUAGUGCCGGCAGAUGACGACGUCGAAGUCCGACGAAGGCCCAAGCUGUCGCGGAGUGAGACCAUCAAGAGAUACGUGAGGAAAAACACUGCUUCGUUUUUCGGUCUCGACGAGGAGUCGGCACCCGAGAGCUGCCAACGAUGGACGCUGCGGCGAAAGAGACUGCUGAGCAAACGCUACGGCGAGAUCAAGGAGCAGUACAUGCGAUCCAAAGACUGGCACCUGUCGCACCUGCAACCUCUCCGCGCGGACGACACCCAAGACGCAGUCGUGCGGAGGUCCGUCUCCGCGAGGGAGACCGCGGCCGAGCCGUUUCACCGCGACCCCGUCUACAAGAUGACCUGGGAUGGCCUUACCUUUCUCACGACGGAGGUGCGGAAGCGGCUGUCGGGAAGCGCGCAGCUGGCCAGGCGGGGUUCCCUCCGCCGCAGCUUCAUGCCUUCGGCGGAAGACGUCAACGUCCCUGAGGCCGUGCCCGAGGGCAGCAGCCUCGGCAGCAUCUCUCAGCUGCCCGCUUCCGACAUGCUGGUGGACGACGUGUUCUUUGACAACACGCCGAGCGCCACGCCAUCUGUACUGGCGGCGGCGGCAGCGCCUGUCUGGCCGAUGCCUCGCACCCCCGUGGAGCCGGCUCCACAUUCGGCGAUGCACCGAACGGCAGCCGCGACGUCAUUGCACGGUCAGCGGAAGGAGUCCACCAGGUGGAAGAGGCCUGCCUCUGUCCACGAUGAUGUCACGGACGGCCGCCUCUCCGUAGGCAUGAACCGCAUCGGUGAUAAGGUGCUGGACUGGUGCCUGGAGAACUCCAACCGGCGCCAGUACGGGAUGGGCCUGGUGGGCAAGGUGCUGCAGAGGAGCUUCCGGCGCGACCGCAUCACGCACGACGUGCGCCAGCAGCUGGACGACAUUGAGGACCACAGGCCGUACUUCACCUACUGGGUGACCACGGUCCAGGUGCUGAUCACCAUCAUCUCCCUGGCCGUGUACGGCUUCGGGCCCGUCGGAUUUCACAAGACGCAGAGGACGAGCCUGGUAAUGGUGACGACGCUAACGCUACAGCAGGUAGACUUCUACGAACCGGACAACUUCUGGAUCGGGCCCAGAGCGGCGGACCUGGUCCACUUAGGGGCCAAGUUCACGCCGUGCAUGAGGAGAGACCGUCGGAUACACGACAGUAUAGCAAAGGACCGGCGGAAAGAGCGCAACACGGCCUGUUGCGUCCGCAAUGACCGGUCGGGUUGCGUGCAGACUUCGCGCGACAAAUGCUCGGAGGUCAUCUCGACGUGGAGGAAAUGGAACGUGAGCCAACCGGGACCACCGCGAUGGGUCGCCGACCCGUCGGCUGUCGGUCAGGACCGGGGCAUGACUCAGCGCCGCCUGUCAGGCUCAGUCUGCGGUCAAGACCCAAGGUACUGCGAGGAGCCGGCGUCGGUGUUCCCGUUUGAGUGGCCCGACGACAUCACAAAGUGGCCCGUGUGCCGUCGCUCGCACGCCAGCCGCAAGGUGCCCGACGCGCACAUGUCGUGCGAGGUGGUCGGCCGUCCCUGCUGCAUUGGCGUGUACGGCGAGUGCCACAUCACCACCCGCGACUACUGCGACUUUGUCGGCGGGUUCUUCCACGAGGAGGCCGCCCUCUGCUCACAGGUCUCCUGCCUAAACGACGUGUGCGGCAUGAUUCCAUUUGUCAACCCUGAAGUGCCUGACCAGUUCUACCGGUUGUGGACUUCGCUGUUCCUGCACGCAGGGAUCUUCCACCUGUUGAUUACUGUGAUAGUGCAGCUGUUUGUGAUGCGCGACUUGGAGAAGCUGGCGGGUCCCGUGCGCACGGCGGUGAUCUACAUGUGCUCCGGCGUGGCUGGAAACCUGGCCAGCGCCAUAUUUGUUCCAUACAGGGCGGAGGUGGGUCCUGCGGGCUCACAGUUCGGCCUGCUGGCCUGCCUGUUCGUCGAGGUGAUCCACUGCUGGCAGAUGCUGAAGCGGCCUAGCGCAGCCCUGCUCAAGCUCGGCACGGGCGCCGCCGUGCUCUUCCUGCUAGGCCUGCUGCCGUGGGUGGACAAUUACGCGCACGUGUUUGGCUUUGUGUUCGGCUUCCUGCUGUCGUACGCCCUGCUGCCAUACGUCUCGUUUGGCAGCUACGACCGGACGGCCAAGGUGGCCCUCAUCUGGGCCUGCCUCAUCGUGUCGGUGGCCCUGUUCGUGGGUCUUGUGCUGCUCUUUUACGUGCACCCCAUCUACGAGUGCUCCUUCUGCCACUAUCUCAACUGCCUGCCCCUCACGCGGGACCUGUGCGAUAGCCACCGCAUAAACAUCACCCGCCAGGACACGUGAUCGUGGCCCCUCCUCCCCUCCCGUCGUCACCAACCACCCUUUCGGUGACCACCUCACCCCUUGCGGCUUCGUCGCCGCCGCCGCAACGAAAAAUGCCGUGGCUUGAGCGUUCGUCGUUGCCGACGUGUUCUUGAGAGAAACAAAGUUGAGAAGCGAGGCUUGCCUCAACAUCCGAGCAGUGCCUGUGACAGUCGAGCAACCAUGCAUGCGCGCUGAAGAGCGAAGGCAGUUACGUCAAUUUGCUAAUGCAAGACGUUGGAUGCAGCAAUACGUGCUGUCGAGGCGCGUUUCGAGGAACGGAGAAAAUCAGAUGCGAGGCUUAGGUCAUGAGCGACAGUGGCGAAGUGGAGCAGCUUGAAGUUUUGCUCUGUGUGCACACGAGAGAUCAGUGACAAAAGCCAAUGAGUCGUUACUAUUCAUGGAUAGACGAAUAUCGGUUUUGCACAAAACAGUUGUCAAAUGGUCAUCAAACUACACAGUCAUGGGACUUUUUGGGGACCCCAUUGGAGGCUUUACUGCGCAUUGCUGCAACUUCUGGUAGUAUUUACUGUAGAAGUUAAGCGCGAUUGAUGCAUUCUACGCGGGAACGUAGGAUGGCACUGACGAGCCUCGGACAAAUAGACCUAUCACAAAGCCAUUCGGCAGCAAUUGGGGCUGCACCUGUGUGAGAUUGUGCUACUACAGUAUAUGCAUACUAUGGAGAUGGAAGGGUGUUACCCGAAACUACGCCCGCAAAUGGAAUGCAGUCGAGGUUUUCCUAAAAGAAGCGAGGUAUAACUCACUUUGAAGUUGAGGGUCACCUAAAAUUCAAAGGCAGUGUACCAGGCCUCUUGCACGAUUGCUCUAGGACUGUCCAAACCAGUAUUGAAGCCUUUCCAAUGGCGAAGCAGACGGCUGAACUGACAACUGGACAGACGACUUAACUGAUGACUCCUGUGUGCCUUGGCCUCAAAGCAACAGAGGCAAUGGAGAAUUCUUAAAGUGCAAAAUCAGGCAAACGUGUGUUUGUGGGAACAGACGGUCAUUGGCCCUUUGUCGUGCAACGGCAUGGAUGGCAAACAAUGUGUGGUCACAAGUUCAACGGUGCAUUUCGUUGAGCCAUGGAUGAGUUAUCUAGAAAAAGGAAGAAGAGUUGUGCUAAUCGCUAGUAUCGCGUGCCGCAUUCAGUAUUUUGGUUUUCAGAACGAGAGACGUUUUCCUGUCCAGAUGGCAUGUCACAAAACUCUGGGCACUGUCGUAGUAGCUGCUGCCGACGUCAUCCGCCACUUACAGGGUUGCACUGGUCAUUCCAGACCAUUUGAUGACAAGGCACAUAAGGAUGGAUCUGCAAAAGUCCCCAUUGAUUUCUGUUUUUUAUUUAUGUGGGACUGUCCUGGCAAAGCAAGUGAUGUCACUACGUGCGGCUUUGCGGUGGAGUGUCACCAUUGUUGGUGAGGACGAUGAAGCAGUCUUCAAAGCAAGUUCAGAACGUCUACAAGUGCUGUUUGGAGCCUUCAGCGCAGAAGACGACGAUGCAGCUCGUCUUCCACAAACCAUCCAGCUGUUAAGCGUUGAAAAGACAAUGGAAAAAAAAAAACAAAAGGAAACAGCGCGAUCGCUCGGUCAUGAAGUGCAGGCGAAGACCGAAGAAACGUGCGCGUCUGUCCGUGCAAGAAUUCGCCUGCCGGCUUUCUUUGCAGGCUUGUGUGUUCAUUGAAUUUGGUGGAGAAAAAGAACAGCAAACUCUUUUUUUCUCCUCACUAUUUCCGUUUCUCCCGUAUUGUGUGUGGUGAUUGUACAGGUCAAGAUGUGGCAGACUGUGGUGCUUGUUUGACAAGGGCUCCACGAUACGGGGUUAGUGUAUAACUUGUUCGAUGAUCCUCGUUUUUGCCUUCUUUUGUUUGGCGUGGACGUUCCUUUUUCUCAAGAUGUGCGGUGGUGACGUGUUGACUGUUAUUCCACAACGGUUUUGAGAUUGAGAGAGCCUGAUACGUUCCCCCCCCCCCCCCCCCCUUUUUUUUUGUUGGUAGCGGUGUGUGACAUGGUUCGUGUGGAAACAUAACUGUGUUAAGCCUGACCCCUCCUGCUUGUUUGCCCUGCCAUUUUCAAUUUGAUAUUUGCAGGUCAACACUUCUCGCUUUUUGUUGACAAGCUUUACAAUGCGUUGUGUUUCAGCAGAAGUUUACAAUUGGGUAGUUACUGCUAUUAAUCCGUUAUCUCGUUUCUGCCGGAGCUUACAGCGACAAGAAAGAAAAAAAGUUCUACGCUAGUGUUCACUGUCAGAUUAGGUCACAGGGUGUGUUUUUUUUUUAUCUUGCUUUAUAUUUAUAGUUACUGUUGUGAUACAAUGGUUGUAUUUAGUAGUUUUGUGUUUAUAUGUUUUUAGAUGUUUAUUGAGAAAAAAGAAAUAACUUCAUGUUAACUCUAGUCAGACGCACUCUGACCUUUUCAUAGUGACCUUGUUGGCGUGGCACGCUUUCUAUGCUUUCACGUGUGAUCGCUAAUCGUUUGAUAUUCGCUCGGCGUUGACGUUUUAAUCUGAAACACAGCCGUGGUGGCAUUUUCUCGGAAUAUGGCGAAUAUUGUGGGCAUCGGAUGAGACAUUGUGUGUCCAAUUUUGACAAACCUUGUUCGUUACGGCUGGUUAUUUCAACGGCAUAGCCAGCACCAAAGUACAUUUGCUAUAUUUUAUACUUCUCACAUGCUUAUAUGCUGGUAUUGAGGCUGAAAAACUCUCUCAAUUCGGAAAGAAGUGUAGGCCUAACAUGUCUGAUGUUUAGCAGAUGGCUCCAUGUCAACUUCAAUGACAAAUUCAAGUAUUGACGUGCUUGUACAUGGCACUGUGAUUAACAUUUUACAGAUGCGCUCUGCGUCUUUUUUAAUACGCUGAUACGCAGCUCUUCAACUCGUGGGAUCACAUCAGACGUAUACAUUGGUUUGUUGGCUAUGGGCCAGUCAAGCUAAGCCACUGGACUAAAACGAAAAUCCAGAUUUGAGUUAUUCAAAGAAUCAAGCUGGUACUUCAAUUGGCUCUGAAUAAUUUGAUGUGUUAGCUACCAGAAUGCAUGCACCAACGUGCCAGACAAAUAACUGUUUUGUUGGAAUUGCCAUGGGGCUAGACCUUGAAUUCUUUUUUGUUUCUUCUUUAGUAUAGGAGAACGCUUGCUAAAGUGAAGUGUAGCAGAGCAAAUUUUCAUUAAGCGAUCAUUUUCUACAGUAAUGUCUGUUGAUUCAAGUUGAAACCACAUGACAAGGCUUGUCAGACUUGAUUCUGUCGCUAAGUCCUUGACAGCAGGUGCCAUCACCUGGGUUUCAAUACUGGGUGCUAGAGUGGUCCCUUCUGAGCAUAUGAGGUUUUUUGGUGUCUAGGAGCAGCGUGACACAUUGUUACCUAAUAUCGCAAAGCAUUAUUAUUAUUUCUAUUGCUCAUUCUACCUCAUUAACAUCCUUGCAAAUUAUAAUGAACUACUUACUUGCGGCAUUGCUUAGCUCAUCGCAACAUUGUCCAAUUUUCUUAGAGCACUUUGUAAGUCCUGCUCAGCGACUCCACCAAUUUUCCUGUGCAGGAACGUCGACUUUAUUUCUUCGAAUUUCACCAAAUUAACAUGCAUUUUUCACAGUGUACACAUGUAGUAUAUAUAUUUAAUAUAUUUAGGAUCACACAGGUGUUCUCACUCUGUUGCAUUACCAGUGAUCUUGAAGAAUUCUUGCUGAUUUGAAUCAAAUCAUAUCCAGCUCCGGUAUCUGAAAAACAGUAGGCAUUGUUUGCAAGUUUUUGGUGUUCGUUUUGACACGUCAAUAUUGGGAAUAGGAGAGAUUUCUUUUACAGAAUUCACAAGGUGCAAUAAUUUUAAAGGUAAAGGCCUCACUGCAAAAGUAAGAGUUCCGUUUAUCUACUCUGUUUGAUCUGCAAUCACUAAUGUUCUUUAUUUCGAUGUCAUUGACUUAAAUGAAGCAUAGCGACAACACGUAAUGAUCGACACGAACGACUGCCUGUAAGAGUUGUGAAUUUCCAACAUGCGGUUCCGUCAUAUUACAGCACCUUCAGUUAACUGACCUUCCUUACGAUCACGCAAAUUUGGUGUAAAGUCCACCGAUUCUUUAACAAGCACGGCACGGCGUAGAAGUUUCGAGUUACUGCAAAACUUUAUGUGGAAGUGCUUGCUGGCGCUUGUUGCUCCUUGAAAAAUUGCCGUUUUUAACACGGCACGUGAUAAGAAGCAUUCAGCCCUGUCUGCUCUUUUAUGUUAUGCACAGAAUACUGCAGGAAAAAGAAUGCACCUGGCCACCUAGGUGAUUUGUUCUCGCUUUCAGUUCAUUGGUGUGCGAGCAGAACAGAAUUUCCGUCGGUGUUUGCACAAGUUGCAGUGUGUGCGAAGAAACGUUUACAUCAAUAUGAGGUUGUUUUAAAGAGAUCAAAUAUUAUUCCCGAUUUGGCAUAAUUAUUGUAAUGUGAUGUUUAAGGUCACCUGCAUAUUGUGCACAUUUUCGUUGGCGUAAUGAGUCACAGAUUGUGACGUGACGUUUAGGCACCAGUUGGUGAUAAUGUUUCCCCAGUCCUCUGUUAUCGUGUAGGGGAGGCUCAUUUGUCACUCGCUUGGAACCUUGACCAGUUGGCUCAAGUUACACGUAUCUUCAAAACUUCUCAGACUUGUUUGUUUGUCGUAAAGCUCAGUAACUCCGAAACAAAACGGUAAUUUCCAUUGCCUUGAGGAGUAAUACUCUUCUUAUACGAGCUCUCGUCCUCAUGGCUACCAUCUAUAUCGCUGAUAUCAGCAUUAAGUUUAAAGCUUAGCGUAACGCAGAUAUGCAAAAUUCGGCAUAAUUUCAGUGAGCAGCUGAAGCAUUUCACCUUAGCUUAUUCUGCCAGUGACUCCUUGUUCGCAUGCUUACCAUUUACACUAAACGGGAAUGUUUUUUUUUUUCAACGAACGGCAUUAUAUGCCAAGCAAGCAGCUUUUUAGUAUUGAAUAUUUGGCACAAGCGUUCUGGAUUUAAACUGCUUGUGGUGUAAUGUUAUAGUAAUUGCUUUUAGAUUCGAUACUCAAUACCUGGGUGCUCUUCUUAAAUCUCAUAUUGUUUUCUCUUGUGGCCAGAAAUUAAAAUGAAGUGUAAUUUUGUGAUGAAUUUGUUAAUGCUGUGUUUAGGUGAUACCCUUCAUGAAUGGUUAGCGAUACUUUCUGACUAUGCGGCUAUGUCUGUGCAGUAUUCAGCCCCAACGUAACACUGGCACGUAAUAGCAUUAAAUUUUUAUGUAUGAUGUCACCUCUUAAAUUUAGCAGCAUCGAGCAGUUAAUGUAUUUGUCGUAAAGUCAAGUGGCAGAGAUACGAACUCGUCUUAAGGAAAGCGCUGAAAACUUAUGAGAAUGAAAAAUCAGACUUUUCGGUUUUGUCGGUCAUUUUUUUUAUCCAAGAGUGACUCGUUGUUGAUGACUGUAGCAAAAAAAAAAGAAAAAUAUUAUCACGACCGGGACUAAUUGUCUGAGAGCACUAACGAGCAACCAAACUAGUUUGCCAGCGUUCCCAAGUUCAGCUGCCUGUCUUUCAGAUAUCCCACCUUAACUUCAUGUAGAUUCGCUUGAUACUCAUUGUAGACUUGAUCGUUGGAGUGCGCGUGACCGCCAGCGGAUGUGUUUAGGAUGCCUACAUUUUGUCCCCCCUUUCUUUUCGUUACGUUGUGAAUGAAGUGUUUGCCGAUAAAAAAAAAAUCUAGUGAGGGGAAAGAAAACGUGUAGCCUUUCUUUUUCUGUCUCACCAUGUGUGUUGUGCGAGUGGGGAAUAAGCAUGAAGCUUGUAUAAACGUGUGUAUACAGUGUAUAUAGCGAUACCGACAUAACUAACCAAAGCAAAGAAAAAAAAAAGAAUCACCGCCCUCACCCUACCUACCCGAAGCCCUCACUCCUCCCCCCUGUUCUCUACCAAGGGCACACCGGAGUUGACAACUGGACGAUGAUGACAAGGGGUGUGCCAAGCGAAGCAAGACGUGUAGACUGCGUUGGCGAGCGUUUUUUUACCUUUCUAUACAAGGGAGCGUGUUGAACUUGUUGCGCGGUGCCGGUGAUGCACUGAUGGUGAUGACUCGGCAUGUUUAUUUGUUCUUUUUGUGUUGUUCUUUUGUUGUGAUCCAUUCCCCUGUUAUACAUGCUGGCUUUGACUGGAGGUUAUCAAAAAGAAAAAAAAUUAGGCAAUGUUUUGAGGUUGCGAAAAAGAAAAAAAAGUUACGCAAAAGCAAAUGAGGUACUGGCGAUGGGAUAAAAAAAAGAAGCUACCCCCUCUCUCACUGAACCGCCUCUCUCUCUCUCCUGAGAAAUGUUUCUCGGUUGUAACAAAUAUAUUUUAAUAAAUGCACACGAUCGAAAGCAGCACUGGUGA